AUGACGACUUCGCGAUCAUUGGGAUCCACGCGCUAUUUCUUCGUGUACGUGCUUCUAAUUGGCGUUUUGGCGUUGUUCGUUGGCGCGAAUGCUUCGGCGGCUGACGAAGUGCCUGCGUUCUUUUUGAAAAUCGCCAAGAACAUUCCUCGUGUUGGAAGAAGCGAUGGCUACGAUGAUUUUUUGAAAUCGAGGAAGAAUAUUGGUAAAAUUGGAGGUCUGGAUGCUGAUGGACAGUCUGAAUCCUGGCCGUCGUAUGGCAACGAUCAACCCUUUUCUCGUCUCAUAAAAAGACGCGUGGAUUAUCCAGCGCUCGACGAUGCAUGGUCCUGGCAACAUUUUCCCCUUGCUAUAGAAGGACCCCGUGAACUCUGGCGAACUUUGGCUGGAUACACCAAAGACACCACGGAUGAUAUCGACAAUGAAAUAUGGGAACGAAAGAAGAGAACGGGAAACGAGCAGGCUCUGGCUGUUGCGGAGGAGAAUUAG